AUGAGUUCAACAGAUACUCCAGACCUUUAUGGACUUAAAAGCUGGCUUAAGAAAAAAGGCACCAAUCAAGGUUUAUGGCAUAAGCGUUUCGUUACGUUAAAUGAAAAGAAAAUUGUUAUUUCAAAAGAUGAAGAACAGACUCAUAUCGAGCAAGUGAUUGAUUUGGGACCAGAUACUACUGCCGAGAUAGUAACUGGUGCUUCAACACCAAGAUUCCAAGUUAUUCCUUCAGCUGGCGCUGAUCCAUUAUUAUUUACAGCUGGCUCUCCAGAAGAAGUUGCUCGCUGGGUUGCAGCUAUUAAUCAAAUCAAGUUACCAAUGCAGCAUCUAACAAUGGAUAAUUUCAGGAUUAUCUCUGUUAUCGGAAGAGGCUUUUAUGGUAAAGUCAUGCUCGUCCAAAAACUCGAUACAGGAGACUUGUACGCAAUUAAGUCAAUCCACAAGUCACGUAUUAACGAACCCGGAAAAGCUAACUCCGUUUUGGCCGAACGUAAUAUUAUGAUGAGAGCUCAUUAUCCAUUUUUAGUCAAUCUUUGCUUCGCAUUUCAGACACCAGCCAAGUUUUACCUUGGCUUAGAAUACGCUGCAGGUGGCGAACUUUUCUAUCAUAUGGAUAAAGUCGGUACAAUCCCACUUAACGAUGCUCGCUUAUACAUCGCUGAAAUCGGCCUUGCCCUCUCAUAUCUCCACUCAUUGGGUAUUGUUUACAGAGACUUAAAACCAGAAAAUAUUCUUUUCGAUGCUGAGGGACACAUCAAACUUACUGAUUUCGGUCUCUCUAAAUCACUCAUCGAUUCGGAAUCAACAUCUACCUUCUGCGGAACAUCAGAAUACCUUGCUCCAGAAGUUAUUAUGCAACAAACUUAUUCUUACGCCAUCGAUGAAUGGGCACUCGGCGUUCUUGCUUUUGAAAUGAUUCUCGGUGUUACUCCCUUCUACGAUGAUAACAAAGCUGUUAUGUUUGGCAAAAUUGUCAAUGAACCACCAGUUUUCCCACAAGGCCUUGACAAUCGUAUUAUCGACUUUAUCAACAAAUUACUCGCUAAGGAUCCAGCACAGAGAGCUAAAUUCGACGAUCUCAAAUCUCAUCCUUUCUUCGAAGGAUUUGAUUGGGUCAAAGUUUACAACCGUGACUACACACCAUCAUUCGUACCACAAGUUAAAGAUCCCCUCAACACUCAGAACUUCGAUCCUGAAUUUACAAGUGAAAUUGCUGCUGAUUCAUUCGUUCAGCCGGCAAUUGGCGAUGAUGGCGCAGUUCAGGGAUUCUCAUACUAUGAUUCCAAUAUGAAUUGA